GUCAACAAUUUUCUUACUGUUCGGUCUAGUUUUACGCUGUAGGAAUUUUCGCAAUUAAUAUUUUACUAUAAAAAGAAAUUUUAAGUCAUAAAAAAUUAAUACAACUACUAAUUUAAGUUAUAAAGUAUCAUCGCAUGAAAAAAUUUUUGGCAAAAAAGUGAAAAAAUACCAGGAAAACGUGUGUGGAAAAAAUUGUAAUACGUAGAAGAAAGUCUUGAAGUGGUAAAAAAAGGAGAGAAAAAAUGUGAAAAUUUUUGCCAGCAAUAAAAGUGGCAGUGAGCAAAGAAAAUACAGCUAAAACGGAAAAGGCCAAGUUAAUUUCAAAUAUUGUAUGUGGUUGAUGACGUGAAAAGGCACCUGUCGGAUGUAAAUAUCUCCAAGAAAGUGGUUAAACAAUGUUGCAACUAAAUACAUGUAUUAUGUAGGGCCAAAAAUCAGUGGGUGUUCCAUGAAUGUUGGUCAACUGAGCAUUACACUUGUAAUAACCAUAAAAACCGUAUGCUAACUACAGUGAAGCGCCGCAAAGAAAUAAUGAAAACUAGUGAGAAAACGUUGAAAUAGGAAAUGCAAAAUGUUUACGAAAAAAUCACAUGCGGAUAUAAAGAAGUCUACGGGCAAGUUCCAAGACUGUAAAAAGGAUUCAGCAUCACGCUUGCGUCAUUUACGCACUAUUUUAGACAAUGUUGACCAAGAAGAGGCAAAAUCAUUAUUCGAAACGAACUAUAGUCACGUUUAUUUUAUACUUUACGAUAACUUCAUACAAGCGGAGGCAAACUUAAAGCAAAAAGAACUUCCGUUUCAUAUUGUACACAAAGCACAUCGCGAAGAAUUGGAUGGCACAUUAUGGCUGCUGGAGAAAAUACUUUGCUGGCUGCCAGAGUUGCUGGCACGACGUUGGCAAUGCCAUUCACUCAGUCGCAUAAUGGCAAAAUUGUUGCAUUUGGGGAAUUCGCCAAAGUUGCGGCGCGAGGGUGUGCGCUACUUUCUGCUGUGGUAUCAGGCGCUGGGCGAAAAUGCACCCUCCUAUGUGCAUUCCAUGUAUGCCGAUCUCAUACCGGGCUUGAUUGUACCGCAGAAGGGUAUUGUUGGCCCGGAUGUCGAAUUCAAUGCGACUGAUUUUCUCAAUCAUCCCAAUAUGAAGGUGGACGGCGGCACUACUUCGGUUUUCCACGAUACCUUUUCGCAUCCCGUGCAGAAUUCGGAAAUUGUCGCGUUAUUGCCACCUUCAUCGAAUGAAAAAUCGGCGCCGCCCGAUCCACGCGACGGGCUGGAGAUUUUAUUGAACAGUAUGUUGCAAACUGUGGCUUGUCUGCGCUGGCGCGACAAUCGUUCGCAAAAGGAUCACAAAGCGUUUGCAUUUCUCUUGCAACGUUUCAAAGACGUUUUCCUGCCCGUGUUCUGUCCCAACUUCGAUUUCACCAUGUCCGUUUACGAGCCGCGCCUUGAGUUGCCCGUUAUGCGUUCGGUUAAUAAGAAGGAGGAGGUGAUGUCCUCAUGCGUUGUGGUGCUGAUCAAUUGGAUCUCGCAUUUUACGCAUGAGCGCACCAUGAAUCACCGGUUGGACAAUAUGCACAUCAACGAAAAUCACCGCUUGCGCGCCUACCAACAGAGUUUGAUUGUACGUGAUGUGUUGUAUGCAACGCGUGAGAAUAUAAACUUCGUACAUGAAGUCUACCGGCAGGCGUUCUUGCUGAACUUCACAACGAAAUCACAAAUCGAUGCUAUACGCACGGCAAUUGCUGUAUAUCGCGACUGGAUGACGGGCACAACUCCACCGCAUUUUUUGCUUGAACCCGACGAUAACAGUAAUGGCAAUAUGGCGUUGGCAAGCAACAGCUCCGCGGGCAGUACACCGCGUAGUCAACGCCUGCGGACACCCUCUUACGUUGGCGCAAUGAGCAAGGAGAAUGUGGCGGUGCGCGCAGGUCUUCAGAAUGUGCUACAAAUAUUCGUCACAAAUGCAGCGAACGUUUUCCUCGUCAACACCAGUCAUUUGAACAUUUACUUUCCGACAAAGUCACGCGAUUACCGUUCUACGCCGCUGCACGAACAGACCGAGGUGUGUAAGAAGGUGCUGAAUGUCUAUCGUACAAUGGUGAUGAACACGCGCAUGGAGCCGAAGACUUGGGAGCAAUUGUUAUUGGUGUUGCUGCAGGUCACCUCGAUUGUGUUGCAUCAAAAUCCGAGCGGUUCGAAGAGCUCUAGUCUGGGUGGCAUACUUGGGCAGGCUAUUUUUCAAACGCUCAUUGUCACCUGGAUACGCGCGCACACCAAUGUGCCAGUGAAUGUGCAGCUUUGGGAGAAAUUCCUCGCCGUACUCGCCUCGCUCACAUAUCGCGAUGAGCUGAUCAUCGAAUGGGAUAAAACAAUACAAACGUUGACGCGCGUUUUUUCACGCUACGUGUACGCGCUCAAUCUGCAGGAUUUGCCGUUGGAUCGGUUGGCCGAAAGUAAGGGCAAACGGCGUCGUAUCGGCAGUGUUUGGCAGCAAUCGGGUAGUUCUGUUGUGAGUGCUAUGAAAGAGAGUCGGGAACGUGAUAGUGCCGCCGAGCGUGAACGCGAAUCGAAUAGCAGUCGCUCGGAUGAUCAAUCUAACGUGGGCGGUGGCGGUCAGUUACACUCACAUCAACAUUCACUUAGCAGCGGCGGCCACGGGCAUGGCGGCGCCACACUGCGUUCUGGACACGCUGCUACCGUACUAACACCGCUACUUAGCCGCAGCUACAGCGAAGGUAGUUUGGCAUCGGUGGCGCGUAAUUCACGCAUGCGCAGUCGCCGUCAUCGUAAUAUUCAGAAAGGCGCGUGCGUAGUGCCAGCUGGGCUGCCCACUAAUGUCGAACAUUCGUUGAGUGCGCUGCUAUCACAGCAAUCGACGAUCGAGUUGUCACUCAGCUCGGAAACUCUAAAUGCGCGACGCUUAGGUGGUGGCGCUGGCGGCGCGCAAGCACAAAGCAUGCACAAACAGCAGCAGCAGCAGCACAACGAUAUGCGACGUGCAAUGUCAUUGGACUCGGUAGCUAAUUUUGGUGUACGACAACGUGGUCGUAAGCGGCGUCAACGCAACUCCACGCUUGGCGAUGACGAUGAAGAUGCGCUGGACGGCGAGGACAACGAUAGUGGCGCAGAUUCGCGUAGUCCGUCGCCGACCGCAAGUAGCGGCAUUGAGGGUAGCUCUAUUAAGGAUGCACAAAUGCAGAUCGAUGUUCUCGCGGUAGACAGUGGCAGCUUGGAGGAGGGUAGCUCAGGCAGUUUUCUCGGUUCGGAGCGGCGCUCUAUAAUACUGGGUGGGGCAGCCACUGGUUGGCUACCUGAUUCAACGGCGAUUAUGUGGAAGCGUAUGCUAGGUGCGCUCGGCGAUGUGAAUCGCAUACCAAAAGCGGAAUUACACGCACAAGUUUUCAAGCAUCUGCUCGACAUGACCACAAAUUUGAUAAAGAUCAAACAGAAUCAAGGAAUUUCCACAGACAAUCAAAGUACACCACCACCGCCCUCGCUUGUACCGCCCAUUGGCAUUGUGGCACCUUGGUGCUAUGGCGCGCUUGAGUUGGACAAAUCGUUUAAGAAGGGUAAAUUGUUGGCAUUACAACUACUCUGCUCGCUCGCCGUACAUGGUGCCGUUUCGGGCAUGCAACAUUUGCCGCUCUUUUACAACGCGGUACAUAAAUUGCUUACUGGCGAAGAUCGCGAUUUGAUUUACGCGAUACUAAAGCAUCUGGAAGGUCCACGUUUUCUGAGUCUCCUGCUACCUGGUCACACUCUGCUGUUGCUCGAUAUUGUGCAUGCCUCCGCUAUACUCUUAACCUCGCUUGAAGCGAAUCGCAAUACACCACGCGCCGAAGUGGCCGCUCUGCUCGGCUCGCUGCUCUGUUAUCCUGCAACGCUCAUACCGCGUCCAGUACUACAACCCUCACCACAAAUUUUCGAACUUAUGGAGUGUCUCGACCUACAAGAUCACAUAUUAAAUAUCGUGCUGCGUUGUGCGCGUCGUGAACCUUCGGCCAAAGCGCGUUGCAUCGCUCUCUCUCAACUCGGCCAGUGGAUACUUUUGAAGCUUUCACAUCCCAUGCAGUCGACUGGACGUUCUCGUGGCUACUUUCAGCAAGCCAUACCACACCCGCCCGGCGUGCAACCACGUGAUUUGCAUCACGGCACGCAAUUCAAUCCGCGGAUACGGGAGGCUAUGCAGGUCUUGCUACAAGCUUUGCAAUUCAAACAUCGCACCAUCGCCAUUGUGGCCGUGGACGCUCUGAAGCUGUGUGCGGAGCGUGGCCGCGAGUUGGCCUCCAUUGAACGCAUGCCUCAAUUAAUUAUCACCGCUAUAUGUAAGGCGCUUGAAAUACAGCAUGUAACGAAUCCCAAGGACUCGGACAAAAUAGUAUUAACCUCGCUUAUGCUCUGCCUUGGCGAAUAUUGCAUGUCGUUCCCGGCCUCGCUGAUGUUGGCGCCGCUUAAUGAACGUGGCGAUACUCUUGUGUUGUUGGUGUUGCGUGUGCUAAUGCAAAUAGCUUCGGGUGUACCAAAGCAUGAGCGCGUUAAGUUAACUGCCGACGAUGACUUCGAUACACACAUCUCCAACGAUGACCUGCAAACGGAUGGCAAACUACCUGAGGCGAACUAUCAGACUUCGGAAACGAUACAGGCUUGCAUUAGUGCGAUUAAAAUGUGCGCGAAAGCGAUCGCCAUGCAUUUGGUUACACAUCUCGGACACUUUCCCAUGGGCAUUGGCGCUUCACGACUGAGCUCAAUGGUAGAGGAACAGGAUGAUGUAGCGACCAAUGCAGGACUGGGCGGACAAGCUUCAGGCGCUGAAACGCGCCGAGAUUCAGUUGAGUUACCAUCUGUGUUGAAUGCGCAAAAUAUGCAGCUCUUUAUGUUGAGUUCCGGCUUAGUAGCGAGUUUCAUUGAAUUACCUGCGCUCAAACUGCCCGGUGGUGGCGCAACAGCUGGCUUGAUAACAGCUGAGAAGCAAGUGCGCGUGUUGUUACGCGAUUUGAACGGUAAAGCGUGUUGGGAUGCUUCGAUACUAUAUAGUGAGCCACGUAGACAUGUAAAGCAGUUGACCAGUGAAGGUGCUGCCAUAGCGCACGUGUCGGGCAGCAUAGUGGCUGCUGAGCGCGCAGGCGAUAGCAUGCAGCGUAGCCUCAAUACAACGCCACAGCAUCACCGCAACGUCUCACAACCUAUGGAUUCGCUGAUAUCCUCAAUGAUUGGACUGGAUGUACUGCCGCCGCGACAUACCUUACGACAUCGGCCAGCGGGCGAAUUGCCGUUAGCCAAGGACUUGGCACCUGAUCUCGAUCAAUUAGAUGAUCUCUUGGCCUACAUUGGCCACACCAGUCCUGAGUGCUUAACAAAUCCAUUAUCACCACUGAAUACGCCUGGCCCCAGCCCGCUGGGUAGCAGCUUGGAGGCGCAAACUAUCUCAAUCAUACUGAAUCAACGCGCACUCGAGCAAGAAUAUGUCUCCAAUCUUAAUCAACAAGCGCUACAAAAUGGCGCUACCACCAAUGCCUCCGCCAACUCUUCUCUCCUACAUCACGAUCAACAUUCAUUGCAUUCAGCUGAACAGACUUCGCACGCUUCAUUCGAAUCUUACAACACGACAAGUCUUACAGGUCGCACUGAAAUACCCUUUCAAUACUGUCGUCUGCUCUUCUCACAUCUCGGCAUGGCCGGUUGGGAACGUCGUUCGCGCACACACCUACUGCUACGCACCGAAAAGCUCUUGCGCGAAUUGCGCAAUGUCGAUCAGCAGCGUUGUCGUGAGACGCACAAAAUGGCGGUGAUCUAUGUGGCCUCUGGGCAGGAGGACAAAAGCAGCAUAUUGAAUAAUGCCAGCGGUAGCAGCACUUAUGAAAUGUUCGUUUCUGCAUUGGGUUGGGAGAUCGAUUUGGAGACGCAUAAUGGUUUCCUUGGCGGCUUGCCGCGUCAGGGUUGUGGCGCUACUGCACCCUACUAUGCUACGCCUUUCCUGGAGGUUGUGUAUCACGUCGCAACACGCAUGCCAUCCGAUUCGCCGGAGAAUUUACUGCUCAAGACACGCCAUCUGGGCAAUGAUGAGGUGCAUAUUGUGUGGAGCGAACACUAUCGCGACUAUCGACGUGAUAUUUUACCAACAGAGUUUUGCGAUGUGCUCAUUGUGGUCUACCCGUUGAAGAAUGGUCUCUUCCGUGUAACGGUGAAUCGUAAGCCAGAGGUGCCGUGGUUCGGCCCCUUAGCCAAUGAGAGUGUGGUGAGUGGCGCUUGUCUUGCGACACUCAUACGCGCUACAGCGAUCAAUGCGAGCAGAGCCAAGCGUGCUGCAAUGCCGCUGUUCCAGCAAUAUUAUGAGGAACGUAAUCGUUCGUUGGAGAGUGUCUCAUCACGCUACAAAGAGAGCACAACCUUUGAGGACUUCGCCAAUCGCAUCUACAAUCCAAUGCCAGUGCGUGAUACGGGCGCAGCAGCGCCCUUGGCAGCGGCGCUAAUCGAUCAUCAUCGAUCUUCAAUUAAGGGUUGGGUACAGGCUUCCAUUGAUUCGAGCACAAAAGAUCUGAUACACACCGGUCUUGCACCAUCCGCUUCGGCUACCACAACAGCUGCAAUGGAGGCGGCAACAACAAAUAUAAACUCAUCAUCACCGCGUGGCGCACGAAAAUUGGGCGCACCCUUUAAAGGUGUGAAUGUGCCAAAGAAGAGUGCGUUGCAAACGAGCAGCAGCACACCGCCAGAAAGUCCAACGUUGCCACUGCGUCGCAUUAAAUAAUAAUGUACAGAAUGGGCUAGUUAAAACACUAAGUUAAAAUUAAACACAAAAAAAUAUAUCGAAAACGAUAAGCAACAGAUUAUAAGGUUUCUUCUUAUUUUUUUUAGCAAACAAUAACAAUUUGCAUUCCCUUGUGGGUUUUUUUUUUAGUUGAAACGAU